UUAAAAACAAAAUAAGCAUUAUUGUUCGUAUCAAUUAUUCUAUGUUUCACUCAUGAGUUUGAAAUCAAGACGAUCUCCCCCUCCACAAGAACAUUACGACAAGAAUGGAAGUGCAAGUUCUUCAUCGGAAAACAGGUUAAUUGUAUCACUCAUGGCAUCCAAUAGUUCACUCUCUAAACGGCUAAAUAUAAUCACAAUUCUGUUGACAAUCGGACUCUUCGUAACAUUAUUCAACUUUUAUGGAUUAAAGCGAUUAGAAAGCGAUCGCUUGGAUUCACUCACAUAUUCUGUCAGCGAAUUAGUCAAACCAAAUGCAAACACUGAGUGCCAAAUACCAGACAUCAGACCCAUUGCUUGGAUAUCAGGACAAAGAACUCGGAUAUCAGAUCACUUAUAAUGGUUCUGAUGGUGAUUGGGAUGUGCUUUGGUCUCACGAAUACCCGUUUAUGAAAAAUUUCCUGCCUCAUCUCAGACCAUAUCAAAGAGUCAAUAAAUUUCCCGGCUCAGGGUUCAUCACAAACAAAGUGAAUUUAGCCACUUCUCAACUCAAACAUAUUCCUCAGGCAUUCAAUCUGCCGUCAGAGAAGGAACAGUUCCUUAAACAUGCCAAAGAAAACCCCACAAAAUUAUGGGUUCAGAAGGAUAGUAAUCACCGGGGUAUACGAGUUCUGGACUUAGAUGCAUUGAAUUUGGAGGCAUCAGGCACAUUUGUUCAGGAGUACAUUCAGAAGCCGUUUCUUAUCGAUGGAAAAAAGUUUGAUAUCGGACUCUACGUGACAAUGACUUCAAUAAACCCAUUGCGAGUGUAUAUCCUGGAUCACGAAGCAUUACUUCGAUUCUGUGCCCGACUUUACUAUCCAUUCAAUAGUACUGAUUUGAAUUCAUAUGUUGUUGGCGACGACUACACCCCAACCUGGAUGAUGCCUUCGCUUAGAAAAUACUUCAUUGAUCUGAAUCUCAAUAUGAAAGAGACAUUCAAUGCAUACCUGAGAUCUCUAGGAAAAGAUCCGAAUUUUGUUUGGAAACAAAUUGAAGACUCGAUUAAAACAGUUUAUUACGCCAAAGAGGAACAGAUGCUUAAGUUGACGGACAACUUUGAGACCACCAGACACUUCUUCGAAAUGGUUCGCUUCGACUUUGCUUUAGAUGAAGACCUAAAUGUAUAUCUAAUGGAAGCCAAUAUGUCUCCCAAUUUAUCGUCGGCUCAUUUCGCACCCAAUAAACUAAUUUACGAACAGGUGAUAUUCAAUUUAUUAUCACUGGUAGGAGUGGCCCGAACUCUGAACACCCGCACGUGGCCUGAUAUGAGUCCAGAGUACUAUAAUAUGAUGGUCACCACCAAAGAGAUGUCCGUUAAUGAAGAGCUCUGUGCCGGUGCUGAGUGUCACUUGUCGUGCAAAUCAAGUGUAUGUGAUGUCUGUUAUCAUUGUCUAAAAGACGAGCAAAAAUUAGUGCUAAAAGAUGCAGUUUUGGAGCAAAAAUCCAAAUGGAAUGCAAAACGACUGAUCCCUUCGACAUCGGAUGUGGACUCGGAUCUCAUGACAAGCGAUACAAAUAAACAUCACUUGAAAUGGUUUAGAGGAAAGUGUCAGCAAAACAAAGAGUGGUGCAAUUGAUUCAUGUGUUUACUGGUUAUA